AUGUCCAGGGUUGCCAGAGAAGGAUUUAGAAGAGAAGGACGCGGUUCAGUUAAUAUACGUUUAAUAUCAGCAUAUUCAGCCCAAUUAUAUUUAGAAAAAGGCUGGCAAAUAUUUGCAAGACAUGACCCUAAUCAGUUAUUAUUUUAUUACCCAAUACAGGCAUUGAUAGAUCAAAGGAAGGAGCCUAGUUUAAUUCAGCUUUGUAGAAAGUAUAAUCCAAGUGAAAAAUUCAUUCUCUCUGUGAGUAUAAUUGCCGAUGUUGAACAAUGUCCAGAAACUCCACCUCCAUUAGAACCAACAAAUAAUGACAAAAAUAAUAAUUUUAACAAAAAUAUAAGAGAAGGCUUUGGACAAGAAUUUGUUUAUGGGACUGCUGUACCUACUAAUGUUUAA